UGCGCCACUGGAGUAGAAAAAAGGUAGGAGAGCUGUUAGGGACUCAAGCGUUUUCGGAAACACAACUUACUUCCCGUGGAAGCUUGUUCACGUUACCUUUACAUUAAAGAAGAUGGCGCAGUGGGGCCAGCUUCAGAUGCUGGACAGCAAGUACCUGGAGCAGGUGGAUCAGCUGUACGAUGACUCGUUCCCCAUGGACAUCCGUCAGUACCUGAGCAAGUGGAUCGAAAGCAUCGACUGGGACACGGUGGCCAUGCAGGACUCUCUGGCCACGGUUCGUUUCCACGACCUUCUCGCUCAGCUGGACGACCAACACAGCCGCUUCGCUCUGGAGAACAACUUCCUGCUGCAGCACAACAUUCGCAAGAUCAAGAGGAACUUGCAGGAUCGCUUCCAGGAAGAUCCCGUCCACAUGGCCAUGAUCAUCUCCAGAAACCUGAAGGAGGAGCUGAAGAUACUGGAGAUUGCAAAGAGCACAGAGGAUGAGACUGAUGGGGCAGUGUCGGCCAUGGUGGUGGAGAAACAGAAGCUGGACAACAAAGUGAAAGAGAUGAAGCACAUAGUCCAGGUGGUGGAUCAGAACAUUAAGAACGUAGAAGACCUGCAGGACGAGUAUGACUUCAAAGUCAACACACUGAAGAACAGAGAGAAUGAAAUGAACGGCAUGACGGUGAAGGACCUGGAGAAGGAGAAGAUGACAGUCGGGAGGAUGUGCUUUGAGCUGAAAGCCAAGCGUCAGGACGCUGUGCUCGGGCUGAACGAGCUGCUGAACGUCACUCAGGCCCUGCUGGCAGAGUUGAUCUCCGAGGAGCUGCCCGACUGGAAGCAGCGUCAGAAGAUCGCCUGCAUCGGUGGCCCGCCCAACGCCUGCGUGGACCAGCUGCAGAACUGGUUCACGGCAGUAGCGGAGAGUCUGCAGCAGGUCCGUCAGCACCUGAAGAAGCUGCAGGAGCUGGAGCAGAAGUUCACUUAUGAGAACGACCCCAUCACAUUGAAGAAGGCUUACUUGGAAGGCCGAGCUCUGGAGCUCCUCAAAAACCUGCUGUCCAACUCUCUAGUUGUAGAGAGGCAGCCUUGCAUGCCCACCCACCCACAGAGACCACUGGUGUUGAAAACAGGCGUCCAGUUUACGGUGAAACUUCGGUUUCUGGUGAAACUGCAAGAGUUUAACUACCAGCUCAAAGUCAAGGCCCUGUUUGAUAAGGAUGUUACAGAGAAGAAAGGGUUCAGGAGGUUUAACAUUUUGGGGACAAACACCAAAGUCAUGAACAUGGAGGAGUCCAACGGCAGUCUGGCAGCAGAGUUCAGACAUUUGCAACUCAAAGAACAGAAAGGACCUGGAAACAGAACAAAUGACGGUCCUCUGAUCGUCACCGAGGAGCUCCACUCGCUCAGCUUUGAGUCGGAGCUGCAGCUCAACCAGUCCGGACUCGACAUCAAACUUGAGGCCAUUUCUCUGCCCGUGGUCGUCAUCUCCAACGUCUGCCAGCUACCCAGCGGCUGGGCCUCCAUCCUCUGGUACAACAUGCUGACCACGGAGCCCAAAAACCUGAAGUUCUUCCUCUCCCCUCCUGCGGCGAAGUGGUCUCAGCUCUCCGAGGUGCUCAGCUGGCAGUUCUCCUCCGUCACCAAGCGAGGCCUGAACCAGGAGCAGCUCAACAUGCUCGCUGAUAAACUGCUCGGAACCAAAGCUCAGAGGAACCCGGAGGGACUCAUCCCCUGGACCAAGUUCUGCAAGCAGCAGAGCGCAAACGAGAAGGCGUUCCCUUUCUGGUUGUGGAUUGAAGGUAUCCUGGACCUGAUCAAAAGACACCUGCUGUCCCUCUGGAACGAUGGCUGCAUCAUGGGAUUCAUCAGUAAGGAGAGGGAGAAGGCUCUGCUGACUGACAAGUGUCCGGGCACCUUCCUGCUCAGGUUCAGCGAGAGCAGCCGAGAGGGAGCCAUCACCUUCACCUGGAUCGAACACGACGUCCACGACAAGCCGGUCUUCCACUCCGUGGAGCCGUACACGAAGAAGGAGCUUUCCGCCGUCUCGCUCCCCGACAUCAUCCGCACCUACAAGGUAAUGGCAGCGGAAAACAUCCCAGAGAACCCGCUUCGCUUCCUCUACCCCAACAUACCCAAAGACAAGGCCUUUGGGAAGUACUACCCCAAACCAUCAGAGGCUGCUGAACCGAUGGAGUUUGAGGACACGGACAAGACUGGCUACAUGAAGACGGAGCUCAUUUCGGUUUCAGAAGUACAUCCGUCCAGGCUACAGGACAACAUGAUGCCGAUGUCUCCGGACGACUACAAGGCUCUGGAGCAGUACGUGAGCCCCAGAGACAUUGACGCUGUGGCCAACAAUCUGCUGGAUCUCGAAGACUUUGACCAUCAGAUGAGUGCAGCAGACUUUCGAGAUGGAAACUGAAGGGAAGUCAUAUUCCUUUGACCUUCAUUCUUCUCCUUGUACUGUACUUUUCACCAGAGGUCAUCAGGUUAUGUACUCGACUCUUAGAUUCCUGUAUGAUUUUGACAGCACGGUCACCUUUCAGAAACAGGAGAAAAUUUUCUCCUUUUUAUUUGUAUAUAGUGUUUCUUUUUGAUUAACUGUGAACUUUAAAGCCCUCAGUAUCCUCUGCUGUAAAACUGUAGCAUUUAAAACGUUUCUGCUUGCUUCAUGAGAAAUGAUCAUCAUAAAUGACUGUUUGGAUUCAUUUUAUCAGUAUAAUAAAUGCUUGUAUUAAAA